UGAAAAAAACAAUACAAGAGUUGAUAGGUACACCAGUCCAACGUACUGAUUUAUCAUUUACAUUUCCACAGACUCUACACCGGCCAUACUUUCCGCUGAACAUGGCUCAAGUUUUACCAACCAGACAACCAUCAAAGAUCGAUGUACAGAUGAGAAUGAUAAAUUCUCUUGUCCCAAUUCUGGAGGAAUAUUGGUCUGUGCCAGUGUUAAAUGUGACGGAAAAAAGGAUUGCCCCGGUGGCGAAGACGAACCUUCAACUUGUGAUAAGACUUCAGGCCAAGAAUCAUCACAACCUGCGAUUGGAAAAGAUGACACCAUAAUGAAGAUAAUGGUCACCGCGCUAGGAAUGAUAUUAAUAAUUGCAGUAAUAUGUGGCAUACUAUUUUUCUGCAAAUACAAAAAAGAAAUGAGUCAGAAAGAUACCAAAAUCGCAGAAAUGAAACAAUUUGUGAAAAAGGUUGUAGUAAAGAAACAAAUCAACAUCGAUGAAGAUUUUCCCAAUGUUUUGAAUACGCCUGUCGUUUCAAUUGAACGUUUGAAAUCUGGUAUAGUGAAAAACGGCAUGGUUUCGGUAGGCGAAUAUGAAAUGUCAUUAGAUGAACAUUGGGAAUAUCCUCGACAACACUUACACUUGGGGGAAACUUUGGGCGAAGGCGAAUUUGGGAAAGUAGUGCAAGCCGAGGCGAAGGAUAUUUGGAAACGUGGAAAUGACCUUGUAACAGUGGCUGUGAAAAUGCUCAAGGAUGAUCACUUGGAUUCAGACAUGAUAGACUUGGUAUCUGAAAUGGAAUUGAUGAAAUUACUUGGGAGUCACCAGAACAUCCUUUCACUUCUCGGCUGCUGCAGCCAAGGAGGAUCAUUGCUUGUAAUUACAGAAUAUGCUCGAAAUGGAAACCUCAAGAAUUUUCUUCAAAAACAUCUUCACCAUUCCACCAAAAUAGAAGAAAGUACUCUCUUGACUUAUGCUCGUCAAAUUGCGCAGGGAAUGGUUUAUUUGUCUUCAAUAAAAUGUAUUCAUCGAGAUUUGGCAGCUCGCAAUAUUCUUGUAACAGCUCAGUAUACAAUGAAAAUAGCUGAUUUUGGCCUCGCCAGAGAUGUGAGACAUACAGAAUACUACAAGAAGACAUCAAAGGGUCGACUACCCAUAAAGUGGAUGGCACCAGAAGCUUUAUUUCGUAACCGAUACACACUGCAAUCUGACGUCUGGUCCUUCGGCAUAUUGCUUUGGGAGAUUAUAACGCUGGGUGAUGAUCCGUAUCCUUCAAUCGAGGAUCUUGCUGGGCUACGUAACGCUUUAAAGCAAAAUUAUCGAAUGGAAAAGCCCGAAAAUGCAUCUACAAACGUAUACAAUUUGAUGAUGGAUUGCUGGAGUUUUGAACCGGAAGAUCGUCCAAAUUUCUCAUCAAUAGUAGAACGCCUGAAAGAAUUAGUGACUGAUGCUAGGCCUAAGGUAGUUGAUGGGUCUUACCAUUCAGAAAAUUCUGAUGAAUCUGACUCACAAAGCGUUAUUUCCACAACGGAAUCCAGUGAAGACGAAAAUGAAAUUAGAAAACCUUUUUUGGAAUAAUGAUCUAUUUGAUAUACUUCCUAUAGAUACUAUUUUGUCGGUAUUGUUUCUAUUCUCAUAGGUAUACAAAAAAUUAUUUUUUUGACCGCAAGGUGGCGCCAUACUUACAAUAGGUAUAUCUAUUUAAUAUGUAUAUUUUAUUAUGUAAUUUCAUUUAUUUUCUUGCAAAUUUUCACUGAAUAUGAAAUGUUGGUACGUUUGUUGAUAUGUACGUGGGUAAUUCUCAGAAAAAGGUAAAAAUCGUGUACAUGGCAAAUUUCUCAAAGGUUUUAGCAUGAAUUUUUUUUUUUUUUUUGGUCCAUUCAAGGAUCAUCCCCCACACAUUUCACAUAUGGUAUUGAAAUUUUUAGCCCCUCCUUUCAUUGGUGUACAUUCGAUUUUAUACCCCAAAUGUCCUUAGACGUGGCUGUCACACACCAUGUUUUUGAAAAUGAAUGUUAUAAAGUGUCAUGAACUUCAUUUUUUUGGGGUAAAAUAGGCACGUUCUCAUUAUCAUAGAACACGAAGGUCCAUUAUUUUGCAAAUUGCAAUUGGAAUAAGUCCAUAGGAAGCUGACAUUUCACAUUUGAAAACUGUCACACACUUUUUGCGCAAAUUUUAGAGCAAUUUUCAAUUAUUUUUAGUAGCUUCCCAAUCCAAUAUUUUUUUCUGGUGAGUGGCUGCACUGGUUCACUGUCUUCAUAAAAAUGUUACCCCGCAAUGUUAUUCUCAUAACCUACGCAAUGGCUCGUUCUGAUCGUACUUGUCUCUGAAAAUAUGAUAUUUCGCAAAAUUGGUGUCCUUCGGCGUGCCUUUUUAUUUACCCCGAUGAACCCGCCAAAAACGAUAAUUGAGAAAGGGAAGUUAUUCUACAUGAUAAGUACACAUUUAUUACGUGAUUAAAAAUCGAAUAAUGUCCAGUAGGUAAGGCUAGAAACGAAAAAACGUUGAGAUUGUCCUUCGGCUUGUCCAGCGCCCAUUUGUCCUUCGACUUGGCCAAAUUUCAGACAGCUGUACUUUUAUCGCGCUAGUCGACAUAUUACACGAUAAAACAAGCAAAAUUUGACAUUUUCUCCCUCCCCACACCUCACCUCUACCCCUACCAUAAAAAUAAGUCCAGAUUCGAACUUUGCGGCCUGAAAAUAUAAAUUGACAUAUUACACGAUAAUAUAAGCAAAAUUUGACAUUUUCCCCCUCCCCACGCCUCCCCCUCCACCUCUACAUAAAAAAUAACUCCAGAUUCGAAUUCUACGACCUCGAAAACAUAUCAAUCGACAUAUUACACAUCGAUGAGGGUCGAAUCCUAAUUAUCGCUGUUUUAGGGGGGCCGGGGUCCACAGUGGGGGGGAUUGAAUUGAGGCCAACACUAGAACAGGGAUCUGGGACACCUAUACAAAUGAUUCCCACUUCAAAUUUUCCAAAAAAAUGAUUUUUAUUUUUCAAAAUUAGGCACAUCAAAAUUGACCUUUUUUCUGAGAAUUACCCACCUACUUAGGAAUACAAUAUUAUUAUUCAAUUAUUUCAUAAAACCACUACAGUGCUG